AUGCCUGGCGUGCGCGACGUCUCUGCUGAGGACUUUAUCACGGCCUACUCGGCCCACCUCAAGCGCUCGGGUAAGCUCGAGAUCCCCACCUGGGUCGACAUUGUCAAGACCGGUUGCCAGAAGGAGCUUGCUCCUUACGACCCCGACUGGUACUACGUCCGCGCCGCGGCCGUUGCCCGUCACAUCUACCUCCGCAAGCACGUCGGUGUUGGCGCCCUCGCCAAGCUCCACGGCACCCAGCACCGUCGUGGUGUCCGCCCCGGCCACCACCGCGACUCGGCCACCGGUGUCGAGCGCAACGUUGUCCAGUCGCUCGAGAAGAUCGGUGUCCUUGAGGCCCACCCCGACGGCGGCCGCAAGAUCUCGCAGGACGGCAUGCGUGACCUUGACCGUAUCGCCACCGCCAUCCUCGAGGCCCAGCGCGACGAGGAGGAGUCCGAGGAGGAGUCUGAGGAGGAGGAGGACGACGAGGAGGAGGCUGAGGAGGACGACGAGUAG